AUGGCCGUUGUAACGGUCGCUCUGUUCUCGCUAGUGUACAUAGUCUAUAUGGGCGAUCGACCAAAAGAAGGCGAGUUCUCUGCUUCAACACAGCACAAGAACUUGCUACAUGCCACUUUGGGCAGUGCCGAGCCGUGGCUCUAUAGUUACAAGAGAAGCUUCAAUGGGUUCGUCGCCAAGCUCACCGAGGAUGACAAAAACAAGAUUGCUAACUUGGAAGGUGUGGUCUCUGUGUUUCCCAACACGAAAAAGCAACUGCACACGACGCGGUCGUGGGACUUCAUGGGAUUUCCUAUAAAUGCACAAAGAGCACAGUAUGAGAGUGACAUCAUUAUUGGAAUGCUGGACUCCGGCAUAUGGCCGGAGUCCCACAGUUUUGACGACCAAGGCUUCGGCCCGCCACCCACCAAAUGGAAGGGUAGCUGCCAAUCCUCAUCCAACUUCACUUGCAACAACAAAGUUAUAGGAGCAAAGUAUUACCACAGUGAAGGGCCUAUGGCUCCACCAAAUACUCCAUCUCCAAGAGAUUAUGGAGGGCAUGGAACACACACAGCAUCUAUAGCAGCCGGCUGCUCAGUUCCCGGGGCGAAUCUGUAUGGCUUAGCAGCUGGAACAGCUCGGGGAGGAGUGCCCUCUGCGCGCAUUGCUGUGUACAAGAUCUGCUGGCACGGUGGCUGUUCGGAUGCAGACAUUCUUGCUGCAUUUGAUGACGCGAUUGCUGAUGGAGUUGACAUUAUCUCCUUAUCAGUAGGGGGAUUAACCCCUCUUGAUUACUUUAAUGAUUCCAUAGCAAUUGGUGCAUUCCACGCCAUGAGAAACGGGAUACUUACAUCGAAUGCAGUUGGUAAUUCAGGUCCCAACCCCAAAUCCAUUGUCAAUUUCUCGCCCUGGUCCCUUUCCGUUGCUGCCAGCACCAUUGACCGGAAGUUCCUAAGUAGAGUCAAGUUGGGUAACAACAAGACUUAUGAGGGAGUAUCGGUGAACACGUUCACCUUAGAGAAGGACAACUACCCGUUAGUCUACGGAGGAAAUGUGGCUAACACAAGUGGAGGAUAUAACAGAUCUGAAUCAAGGUACUGCCUACCAGAUUCUUUGGACCCUGAAUUAGCUAACGGUACGAUUGUCCUCUGCGAUGGACUGAGUGAUGGCGAGCCUGUGGUGGCGGUUGGUGCAGCCGGAGCUAUAAUGCACGCCGAUCAGUUAAGAGAUGUGGCCCUCUCUUAUCCUCUGCCUGCCUCUUACUUGGGAUCAGUUGACGGUGCUGAAGUAUAUGCUUAUAUCAACACAACUAGGAGUCCGACAGCAACCAUUUUUAGGAGUGAUCAAGUUACUGAUACAUUCGCUCCAUAUGUUGUCUCAUUUUCCUCAAGGGGUCCCAAUCCCAUCACCAAGGACAUCAUCAAGCCUGAUCUUACUGCACCUGGAGUCGACAUUCUUGCAGCAUGGUCCGAAGCUAAUACCGCCUCGGGAUACCCUGAAGAUACGAGGGUAGUAGCAUACAACAUCGUGUCUGGAACAUCCAUGUCUUGCCCCCAUGCUUCUGGUGCGGCAGCUUACGUCAAAUCAUUCAAUCCCACAUGGUCCCCUGCCGCCAUCAAAUCCGCUCUAAUGACCACAGCUUUUACGAUGAGUGUGGAGAGAAACGGGGAAGCAGAGUUCGCGUAUGGCUCCGGCCACAUCAACCCACUCAAGGCUAUUUCCCCCGGUCUGGUUUACGACAUGGGGGAGGCCGACUACGUCAGGUUCCUAUGCGGCCAAGGUUAUAGCAACAAAAACCUGCAGCUUGUUACCGGCGACAACUCGACCUGUACUGCAGCUAGCAAUGGCACAGUCUACGACCUCAACUAUCCGUCUCUCUCGGUGUCUAGUGUCUUGGGGAGUUCAAUCAGCGCUGUGUUCCACCGGAGUGUAACGAAUGUGGGGUCUCCGUUGUCUACUUACAAGGCAGUUGUGGAAGCGCCACCGGGGCUGAGCGUCCGUGUCGAACCUAGUGAGAUCUCCUUCACAUAUGUGGAUCAGACGCAAGAAUUUGUUGUGACAGUUAAUGUAACAAUUGGGAGUGGAGUGGUGUCGGGGUGUUUGGUGUGGGAUGAUGGUACAUAUCAAGUUAGGAGCCCCAUUGUAGCUCAUGCUAUUUAG